AGUAAAUAAACUGUCAAAAAAGUAUUUUUUUUUGCUACGUGUAGACUGUAGACAUGUUAAAAAUUCGAAUAUUUCGGUGAUUUGCUGGCGAUUUAUACAAAACUCGAGUCAAACCUAACCGGAAUAUACGUUUAGUUUUAGUUGGUCGUUGGAAAAAUGCACACAUAUACAAGAGUGGUACUUUUAUGGCUCAUCGUCGGGGCGUUUUCAGAUGAACAUAAUCACAUAUAUGAAGAUAAUGAAGAAGUAGUAUUAUGGAUGAACACUGUAGGACCCUACCACAACAGGCAAGAAACUUAUGGAUAUUUUUCGUUGCCAUUUUGUGUGGGUUCAAAAGAAACCAUCAGUCAUUACCAUGAGACUCUCAGCGAGGCUUUGCAAGGAGUCGAAUUGGAAUUCAGUGGCAUUGAACUUGAAUUUAAAAGUAACAUAGCCAAAACCGAAUAUUGUGCCGUACAACUAAAUGAAGAAAAAUACAAAGCAUUCGUUUAUGCAGUCAAAAACCACUAUUGGUACCAAAUGUAUAUAGAUGAUCUCCCAAUUUGGGGCGUUGUAGGAGAAGUAAAGGACAAUAACUAUUACAUAUGGACGCAUAAGAAAUUUGAAAUUGGAUAUAAUGGCAAACAAAUUAUUGAUGUAAAUUUGACAUCAGAAGACAAAGUCGAAUUAACGUCGAGUAAAAAAUUAAGUUUCACUUAUGAAGUGACUUGGAAAAAGACUGACACCAAAUAUGAAGAUAGGUUCGAUAAAUAUUUGGAUCACAACUUUUUUCAACACAGAAUUCAUUGGUUCAGCAUAUUCAACAGUUUCAUGAUGGUCAUUUUCUUGGUCGGUCUUGUUUCAAUGAUUCUCAUGAGAACGCUAAGGAAAGAUUAUGCCAGAUAUAGCAAAGACGACGACAUAGACGAUAUCGAGAGAGAUCUCGGCGAUGAAUAUGGGUGGAAGCAAGUGCACGGAGAUGUUUUUAGGCCUGCCUCGCAUCCCUUAUUGUUUUCCGCUAUGAUUGGUGCUGGGCAUCAGCUGACUGUUGUUGUUUUGAGUGUUAUUAUUUUUGCGAUUCUCGGGGAAAUGUACACUGAACGAGGUAUGCUACUCUCAACUGCCAUAUUUGUCUACGCCGUCACCAGUCCUAUAAAUGGUUAUUUCGGAGGUUCUUUGUACGCUCGCAUGGGCGGAAAAUUAUGGAUUAGACAAAUGGUUGCUUCGGCUUUUAUGUUGCCCGUAUUUGUAUGUGGCACAGCCUUCUUUAUCAAUUUUAUCGCCAUGUAUUAUCAUGCGUCUAGGGCUAUUCCAUUUGAGACCAUGAUUGCUGUUGUUUGUAUUUGUACAUUCAUAAUUUUACCGUUGACGCUUGUCGGAACUGUGUUGGGACGAAAUCUCGCCGGACAACCCGAUUAUCCUUGCAGGAUAAAUGCAGUUCCAAGGCCGAUUCCUGAAAAAAAAUGGUUCAUGGAGCCAGGAGUUAUUAUUCUACUUGGGGGAGUUUUGCCUUUUGCUAGUAUUUUCAUUGAAAUGUACUUCAUCUUCACUUCCUUUUGGGCCUAUAAAAUCUACUACGUUUACGGUUUUAUGCUGUUGGUGUUCCUUAUUUUAAUUAUCGUAACAAUUUGCGUAACGAUUGUUUGCACGUAUUUCCUGCUAAAUGCCGAAGACUAUCGCUGGCAGUGGACGUCGUUUUUGGCAGCUGCAUCCACUUCCGCCUAUGUCUACGUAUACGCCAUCUACUAUUUCUUUUUCAAAACAAAAAUGUAUGGACUUUUCCAAACCACUUUCUACUUUGGCUAUAUGGCAUUGUUCAGCGGCGUCCUAGGUCUUAUUUGCGGUACUGUGGGGUAUUUAGGCACCAGUAUAUUUGUCAGAAAAAUUUAUUCGACGGUGAAAAUCGAUUGAGGAGUCCAAAAAAUAGAAAAAAAAAUAAUUGGAUGUUUUUUACUAUUAAAUUUUUUUAUGUUCCAACUGUGCAUAUUUUAACUUGAAGCGGAGUUCUAAUAUGCCAUGUUCAGUGUAUAUAUAUUUGUUGAAAUGUGAUUGAAGAGUGAAUGAAUGAAUCUAUUACAAUCUAUUUUUAUAAUUUUUUGGUGCCAGGACUCUAGAACUAUAUCUCCCGUGCUGUUUUUACAAAUGCUUGUUGAAGUAUUUUACAGUUGAAGUCUUUUUUAAAAUAUCAAGAAAGGUUGAAGUAUAUUACCAAAACAUUUCAUCUGUUUGCAAACUUGGGAUGAAAAUAUUAGAUUGAAAUUUGUCAAGUAAAAAUUAAAGAACUCGCCAACUUGAUAUUCGAGGCUUUUCAGAUUCGAUUUUUUUUUUCCCUAAAAAGUUGCAAACGUCGGAUUGAAUUUUUGUCCAAGAAUCCUUGCUCUAUCCAAGCUAUUCAGGCCUAUGAUGUAUCAUUUUCCUGUUAUUUUAACAGCAACAUUAUGUUAUCUGUCACUGUUUAUUCUACACGUAAAAAUAGAGACAGGUAUAGAUUUUGAGCUGUAACACAUUAACACAACUGUUAAAAUAACAGGAGAGGAAAAAUCAUAGGCCUGAUUAUCUAUUAAUCUUUCCAUUAUAUCUCCAACUUUCUUAUUCAAGCCCUAUGUUUUUUGGGCCACUUAAGAAUAGAAUCGCCUAUGUUAAAUAAAUGUGUGGCCAGUUUUAAAGGUGUUUCUAUUGUGAGGUGGCAAUGUCCUUUGCUUCAUGGGAUCUGUUUUACCAACUUAAUUUUUAUACUGAAAAGCUGCAUGCUCUAAAACAGAUCAUAUGGACUUACAAAUUAUGGAAGUAUGCCUUCACAAUCUUACUAUGUUCUUUUGCUAAUUUCAAAUUAUUUUCCAUGAAUUUUUCAAACCCUAUUCCAAGUAAGCACAUCACUUAUAUGGUUGUGACCAUUUCCUCAAAGGUCAAUUUAUUCACUGCAUUUUUCUAAUGGGAAUAAUAAAAAAAAAUUGUGAUUCGUUUUUGUGUCCUUUAUUUUAGUAUUGUGAAUUAUUGUGUAUCUUUUUUUACUUUAUUGCAAAUACUAAAAAAUUUUGUUACAAAGGGAGGUUAUCACCGACUAGUUAAUUCUUUUAGCUAAAAUUUUGCUUAGAGCCAAAUUAUGGAUCGACUGGUAACGUCUUUGGCAAAUUAAUCCUGCUGUUAAAACUAAAAAUUGAAUGCAAUACAAUGCAUGAUAAAUUUGCCAAUAACGUUAUCAGUCGGUCCAUAACUUGACCACUAAUGGUGUUGUUGGUAACUAACAGGGAGUUGCUAAGCGGUGAACCUAACACUUUGUAACAAAAAGUAUAAUUUGAUAAUUGUACAUAAAUUGGGAAUUUGAAUGAUGUUAAAAUGUGCCUUCUAAUAAUCGGGACAUAUUUUAAUAUUAUUGUUGAAUUGUUUCAUUUUUUUAAACAUUUGUUAAUAAUACCCAAUAGUUAAUUAUUUAAGUAUUAGGAAGUGUAACUUGUAAAGUUAGAAAAAUAAAGAUUUUAAAUUAA